AUGGCUCUUCUCGCGAGCUCCUUCGCCGGCGCCGCCGUGCGCGCCCUCUCCACCAGGUCUACGACGAGGGUGGACCGCUCCAAAGGCCUCGUGUGCCGCGCGCAGGACAAGAUGGCGCGCACCACCAUCGACCUGGACAAGCGAAAAAUCGGCCCCGGCACCGGAAAGCCAAUCAAGGUCACCUUCCUCGGCGCCAACGGCCAGAACGUCGUCGUGGACUGCCCGGAGGACCAGUACAUCCUCGACGCGGGCAUCGACGCGGGGCUUGAGCUCCCGUUCACCUGCCGCGGCGGCAUCUGCGGCGCGUGCGUCGCCAAGUGCACCAAGGGCAGCGUCGACCACCGAGACAUCGCCGACCUCGAGUUCACGCUCUCGGAGGAGGAGCAGGAGGAGGGCAUGGCGCUGCUGUGCAUGUGCUACCCAGUGGAGGCGAGCGAGGGCGAGGGGAUCGAGAUCGAGACGCAGUCGGACUGGGGGUACUCUCUCGGCGUGGCGGAGUGGAAGGGGGCGACGGGGGAGAUCGGAGGCAGGUCGCCCACGCCGCUCAUGAAGGGAGACCUCAAGGGGCUCUGAGUAAAGUACCAACAUCACAGUGUAAGUGUUCUCAUCGUCUA